GCUGCCUCCAUGAAGCGGAUACUACGAGUUGUAGGGAAACCUCGACUGCUUGCACAUGUGCUACGCAGACAGUCGGUGGUAUCACAAAGAGCAUACUCAGUGAAAUAUGUACCCGAUAUUCCACCUACGGACUUAGGUGAAACAAAUCGUUCUAAUUUGGUACAGUCACUGAAUAAUGCCAUGGAUAUAGCUUUGUCAACAGACCCAACAUCUGUGUUGUUUGGUGAGGACGUGGCAUUUGGUGGUGUGUUUAGGUGUAGUGUCAACCUCCGAGAGAACUACGGUUCUGAUCGCGUGUUCAACACACCUCUUAGUGAACAGGGAAUUGUGGCAUUUGGAAUUGGUCUAGCCACAGCAGGUGCUACAGCCAUAGCAGAAAUCCAGUUUGCUGACUACAUUUUCCCAGCUUUUGAUCAGAUAGCUAAUGAAGCAGCCAAGUUUCGGUACCGUACAGGUAACUUAUUUGACUGUGGUAAGCUGACCAUUAGGACACCUUGUGGAGCAGUAGGACAUGGUGCACUCUAUCACUCACAAAGUCCAGAGGCCUUCUUCGCUCACUUACCUGGCCUAAAAGUUGUUGUCCCACGAGGCCCACAGCAGGCCAAGGGUCUCCUCCUGAGUUGUAUUCGUGAUGAUAACCCCUGUAUAUUUAUGGAGCCCAAGAUUCUGUACCGCGGAGCUGUUGAGGAAGUACCUGUCGGGGACUAUGAGAUCCCCUUGUCUAAGGCUGAGGUCCUCAUAGAGGGAAGUGAUGUCACACUGGUUGGUUGGGGAACACAAGUUCAUGUCCUCCGAGAGGUGGCACAACUAGCUCAAGAAAAAUUAAAUGUGUCUUGUGAACUUAUUGAUCUCAGAACCAUUCUCCCUUGGGAUGAAGAGACUAUUCUAAAGUCUGUAUGUAAGACGGGGAAGUUGUUGAUUGCCCAUGAGGCCCCAGUAACCAUGGGUUUCGCUGCAGAGAUAGCUGCCACCGUACAGAGUGAAUGUUUCCUAAACUUGGAGGCACCUAUACAGAGAAUUUGUGGAUAUGACACGCCCUUCCCUCAUGUGUAUGAGGCCUUCUACCUUCCAGAUAAGUGGAGAUGUCUUGAAGCUGUCAAAACAGUUGUGAACUAUUGACCAGAGGUCAUACCACUCUUUAGUUAUUGACAAGUAGUCAUCACAGAUCUACAGUCAGCCAUUUUCCUUCAUCUACAUGUAUAAGGAACUGUUAUGAAAUAGGGAGUAUGUGGAAUCAUAUAACAAGUCAUUGAAGUUUUACCUUGUAUCUGAUCUUGUGAUAUAUAAAUAUAAUUAUAUAUAUAUAAUUUGAUGCUUGCAUCAUGUAUGUGAAUAUGUGAUCUGAUCAGGAACCAGGCAAGUUAACUUUAAAGAAUCUCAUCAUAUUACACAAGUGUGGAGAAGUUCAUCACUUUGCUGACUGGCUCAUAACGUGUGGAUUUGUUUUGCUGUUAAAGGCCCUGAUAACUUAGUGUAGAACUGCCUCAGACAAUACAACUCCAUGUGACAGUCGGAGGUGUUCAGUCACACCAUGGAGUGGUUUGUGUUACUAAACUUUACCCAAAUUGUUGUGGAUGGCAUGCAUUAGGCCUCCUGCAUGUUGUUCAGUUAGGUACCAAGCAGCUACUAUAGGGAGGCCUCAACUCAAAAGGACACUGGAUGAGGAUGGCCAGUAGAUCCAACAAGUAAAUAUUGUUUACUUAGUGACAUCACUGUACUAUAUGUACAGGUACAGUAAGAACUUACAAGGAAUUCUUUGUUGUGGAGAGACUGACUGAGACAUAAAAGCACAUUUCUUUGAUUUCUUACUUGAUGAAGAACUGGUACAAAAAGUCAGUUCAAAGAUACAUGGAUGGAGGGAUGGGACACUUAAUCAGUUCAAUUAUAAAUGUCUUACUGGAUGGAGGGAUGGGACACUUAAUCAGUUCAAUUAUAAAUGUCUUACUGGAUGGAGGGAUGGGACACUUAAUCAGUUCAAUUAUAAAUGUCUUACUGGAUGGAGGGAUGGGACACUUAAUCAGUUCAAUUAUAAAUGUCUUACUGGAUGGAGGGAUGGGACACUUAAUCAGUUCAAUUACAAAUAUCUUACUGGAUGGAGGGAUGGGACACUUAAUCAGUUCAAUUAUAAAUGUCUUACUGGAUGGAGGUAUGGGACACUUAAUCAGUUCAAUUAUAAAUGUCUUACUGGAUGGAGGGAUGGGACACUUAAUCAGUUCAAUUACAAAUAUCUUACUGGAUGGAGAUCCAGGACAUUUAAUCAGUUCAGUUACAAUGUCUUACUGGAGGGAGUAAUAUCUGAAUUAUCAAGUGUGUUGAACAGUUAUAUAUGGAUAAUAAUCAUGCAUUCCAGAAGAAAGAUUGUGACCCAGAUUCCUGUUAUAUAUUUAUAUUCUUGCUUUAUUCAGGUCUUCUGUACAUAUUGCUAGUAUUUAACAUAAGGCACUGCCAUAUGAAGGAUUUAAUAAUUACAGUGCUGAAAUGUUUCGGACAGUUGACAUAAAUUCUAAGUAUACUCUGAUGCCAUUUUAUAAUACUGAUAGUAUCCAAUUUGAACGUUGGAGUAUUUUUUUAUUGUUAUUAUUAUUGUUGGAUGUUAAAAUGAUCAAACAUUCAUCACGUUGAUGUUAAUAUAAUACUUGGUUUAGUAUAGUGUGUCAUUUCUAUCUGGUAACCUGUAAUAUUUAUUUUAGUUCCAAACAGAAGGAAAACUGAUUUUUGACUGAAAAUGUUUAUUCUUUAAAGACAGUUUAGAAAUAAAGAGAUGAAACAUCA